GCAAAAGAAGGAUAUGAACGACUUGAAAUUCCCCGAAUAUAUCAUCCAUUUAUCCAAGGACCCAAUCAGGAGACAAUACAGAAAAUUGCCAUGGAAACAAACACGAAGAUCUAUAUUCCACCACCAUCGGUACAAAAGGAUGAAAUUACAAUUUCUGGUGACAAGGAAGGUGUGGCUGUGGCAAAGGACAAAAUCCUUAGGAUCUAUAAGGAAAAGGUAGAUAUAAUCAAUAUGUCCAAUUAUUGAGUGUGUCCACACCGGGCAAGGUGAAAAUGUUUGCUUGACUAAAAAGUUUGGUAGAGCAUUGGACUAUAGCAAACCAAAAGUCCCAGGUUCGAUUCCCUCUGCGGUCGAGCAAACUUUUCAGCUUGCCCGGUGGAGACAACAAAACAAACGUAUAUCUUCACCUGAGUGCCGUCCAAGCUAGCACAGUAAGCUUCAGUGGUUUGUUUUCAAAGGUAAAAAGAUUAAAGACGUUUUUGUUUUGAGCAAAGGCCAGCACAUGUGAAGUUAAUAGUAUAUAGCUUGGGGCACUUGGGUGGUAGCCACUUGUCAGAAGUAAUGCCCUAGGAACCUCCGAACAUUUAAUGCUUUACUCAAAAGUUUGAAGUGCUUUUAAUCCAAUAAGCUGCAUUGCACCAUGACGCGCAAGUCAAGGGGAGAGCGCUGUCGCUCAAUGGGUUAAACGUUACUGUUGUAUAUAGACUCCAUGAUGACCUCUGUUUUUCAGGAGCGACGUGUGACCGCUGUAUCCAUUGAGGUAAAGAAAUCCGAACACAAAUAUGUUACUGGACCCAAAGGACAUGCAUUACAAGAGAUUUUUGCAUCCACAGGUGGGUAUAGUAAAUGAAGAACACUUGAAGCAAGUCUAAUACAUGUAGUUAGUUUCUUUUUGGUUUGCGAUAAAUAUAGUUCAUGUUUUGGUCUGGUGGAAAGCAUCAGCUUUAAGCAGAUUCAACUGUUUGUUUUCAGGAGUAUCUGUUGAAAUGCCACCUUUGGAGUCGGACACGGAAGCCAUCACUUUACGAGGAGAACCAGAUAGACUCAGCACAGCCUUGAUCCAGGUUUAUGAUAGAGCUAACAGGGUGGGCGUUUAUAAUAAUUGUAAAUAGUAAAGUGCUAUUAAUUGUGAAGAUUUCAGAAUAUAACACCCUCAAUUCUAACAGUUGUGAGCAUAAUAAAGCACAUUUUUAAAAACAAAUCUUGGAUGAUCUUCUUGAUGUUUUCAAGACUGCGUCCAAUCAUGAACCGAUGCAACCAACGCGGUUCGUCAACCUCAGCAACUGACACACACUCAAAAGGAUGAAACUGAAAAUCUAUAGAAUUGAUAUUAAUAAUAUAUGGGAUGCUGGUCAUUCUGCGCAGUUAAAUAAAUAAAUACCGCAAUAAAAUAAAUACCGCAAUAAAACUUAGUUUUCUCUAUUUUUAAAUAAGAUCAUUUGUAGCAAAGGGGAAAUAAUACAUUUUUCGUUAGUUUCAUUGCAUAAUAAGUUAGUUUCAUUAAAUUUUAUCGCGGUAUUUACAGAUUACAUAACAAAUUACAGUAAAUCACAACAAACUACAGAAGCGGAAGUGGGACACUUUUUGUAUUUUCGUUGUAAACGAGGUAUAGGUCCUUGAUUGUGUAAUAAAACAUCAAGGGCAUGCAUUCCAAUCAAUAGUUCUAACAACGAAAGUGCGCCCGCCUUCGGUCUUUCUACGGUUUUCUUCGGUACGUCUUUCGUUAUGUCUACCAUUUGUUGGCCAAUACUGAUUACUGAUUUACUGUAACCUGUCAAUCAAGUACCACUGGUCAUAUCUUCCACUAACUAAUGAGUUCAUGUUUACUGUAGCGAGCAAAUACUGAGGGAAUCUCUUUGGCUCCCAGUUUUGGACAAUUGGGUCGUGGUAUUUCAGCUGAAUUGAAUAAUUCUUCACAAAAACAAGAUCAACCUAAGGGGAACAGAUAUUCGGCAUUAAGUGGUGCAGAUAUGCCGCCCAGCCAAACGUACGAUGCCAGAAGAUCUUCAUCAGCUUGUGCAAGGUAAGCAACUUAAUCCAUAUUGUAGAAGUUUUUGUUGUACUUGCAAAGGAUAAAAACUAGGGGUGCACCGGAUUUGGAAUUUUCAAAUCCGGCCGGAACCGGAUUUACCGGAUUUGGACAAAAAUUCCGGCCAGAAUUCCGGCCGGAUUUGCCGGAUUUGAGAUAAACUGGUAAUGGGGACAAUUGGGGAUAAAUCAGUAUUGAAAAUGACUGUUUAUAUUUUUUACUAUUUUUAGUUAGUGUCAGUUUAGAUUUUUGAUUGUGUUUAAACCUUUUUUAAACAUCUUUUUGUUAGUAACUUAAUAUUUUAUAAUAAGUGUUUUUUAAACUUUAAAAGGUGAAAACAGAAAUUUAAAUCCGGCCGGAUUUGAAAUCCGGUGCACCCCUAAUAAAAACUCGUUAAAACAAAGGACAAAACCGCCGAUCUAAGGUAGAGCGGUGAUCAAAGUGCGUAUAUGCAACGAAAUUUCACACUUUUUGUUUAUGAUUGCAUUGUCAUUGUAAAGACAAUCCAAUAGUCUGAUACUUUGCCAAGUUAUUUUAGCUUGUUUAUUUCUUGAGAUUUUAAACAAUAUUUGACUAAACACUAAUUAUAUAAACUCUUAAAGACAAUUUAUUCAAUUUUGUCAACACGUGACAUAUAUUUGUAGUACGCUGACAUAACACUUUCUCACGGUUUUGUGAUUUUAAUGCAUGAUAUUCCAAGAUCUUGAAGUUUUUUCAGAAAGUUAUAAUUAUGACAGCUUACACCUAAACCGAAACGACAUUCGAGACCCGAUGAAAGACAUUAGCUAGAGAUGAUUUUUCCCUCACAGUACAGGAAACGGUCGAUCUGGUAGCACAACUCUGUUGAGCAAUUCAACUGCUCAGACAGAGUCCUCAACCAUCCAGUGCAAGAGUCGUCAAUACAAAACACACUUACAGGUAAGUCAAAGCUCACCAUCGUUGCAAGAAAUGACAGAGAAAUUCAUGGAUAGUCAGAAAGAAACUCAGAAGGAGCCGGAAGUUGUGCUUUUACGGGCUGAUAGAGAAACGGUGACAGAAAGUAGGGCAAGCAAAAUCAAGGAAAUUUCAGAUAGAGUACCAGAAAAUAUUGAGAAUAUGGUUGAAAGAAAAACAGGUAAUGAAAAUACGGUUGAUCCUGAUCCAGUGGAACAGAUAAAGAGUGACAAUAUGGAUAGUGGCUUGGAUAAUUCCCCAAAUCGUGUUGUGGAUACGAAGUCGUUGGAUAGUUAUGUCGCACACGCUGUUAAUUCUGAGAAAACUGAAAAGAAAGUUGAAUGGCUAACAGAUACAAAAAAGGCCUUUGGUAAGUAAACAUUUCUUCUUAUGCACGUGCAACUGUGGUGGAAUUAUAAUCGGACAAUUGUAUAUUGCAAGAAUCAACACCCCUUCGCCGAGUUAAAAAGGUGAUGGUAUAUAGGUCAGGGCUCGAAUUUUAUCGCGGCAAGUGCCGUAGAAGGAGAACAAAAUGCCGUGGAUUAUUGCGGCAACGACGGCAAUUUUUUGCCGUAUAGUGUAAUUUUUAGACUAUUCACUGUGCAUUACUAUUUUGAUACUUGAAUUGAGAUGUUGAUCAAAUCAUGCGUAAAUUACUAGUUUAGUCUCAGUUUUCUUGUCAACAAUCCAUGCAAAGUAACAAUAAACUUAAAUUUUUAUUAAUUUGAAAAAAUGCCGUGGAAACUGCCAAAAUUGCCGUAGACAGCUGUUACGUUUUACGGCAAUUUUUAACUCCAUUGCCGUCGAUUGAUUUCAGGGAAAUUCGAGGCCUGAUAUAGGUGUAUUGUGCCAGAAUCCACUUCAUAUAGUAAUAUUCCAGGUUAUUUUUUGCAGAACCUCUCAAAAAGAAAUCGUCAAAACAAAGAUUUAAGGAGAUGAAUAAAAAAGAGACUGGAGGAGACUUAAUGAAUGCCUAUACAGAUAAACCACCACCACAAGAGGUAAAUGAACAUGAUUAUUUACUAAUUUCUAUGAAUAUAUCAUUGACAGAUUGGUGGACUGAUAAAAUAAAUUACGUAUAAGUUGAUUAGUUGAUUGGAUACUUGGUUGUUUAUGAUUUGGUAAAUUAAUUGGCUGGUUAAUGUUAUUGAGUAAUUGUAUGUUGUUCUAUUGAUGCGAUAAUGAAUUGAUUGAUUAAUUGGUUGAUGAAUUAAUUAGUCUAAUGAUUGAUAAUAUAUUUAUGAAUUAACUGAUUGUUUCAUUGGUUCAUUAAUUACUUUACUGACUGUUAAUUAAGUUUGUUAGGACUGUUAAUUGAUGGUUUUCCUGAUUUAUUGAUUGACUAGUUUGUUGAUACGUUGAUUAAUGGCUUAGCUAAUUAAUUGAUCAUUCGGUUGGUUAAUCAAUCGAUUGAUUUCUUUGUUGGUUAGCUGGUCUAUUAAUCAAUUGAUUGUUUGGGUAGUCGACUGAUUAGUUUGUUGAUUUAUUGAUUAAUUGGUUGAUUGGUGAAACUAUUGAUUGAUUGUUUGAUUACCUGGUGACUUCGUUGACUAAUUAAUUGGUUAAUCUAUUGAUUGAUUGAUUUUUUGUUUGUUUAGUUCGUUAUCAGUUAGUUGAUUUAUCGUUGGGUGUUUGAUUAAUUGAUUUUCAGUUAUUUGAAUUUGUAUUAAUUGAUGGCUUAGUGAUUGACAGUGAAAAUUAUUUUUUUGUUUGUUCAUUUGUUUGAUUAUUGACAUUUUACAGAAGUAAUAAUUUAUGUAUUGACUACUGAAAGUGGGUCAUUGAUGGUUCAAUUAAUUAAAUGUUUGAUUGAUCCACUAGUUGACUAAUCUUCAGUUGAUGAAUCAAUUGAAUUAUGUAUUAGUUGAAUUAUGACAUGGUCGAUUAAUUGACUAAUUGAUGUGCUGAUUAUAAUAAAUUAAUUCAAUAUUUUAUUUAAUAUAAUAAGAAGUGAAAGUGUAACUCUAAUAGGAACACGAUUGUAAACUUCAGCGUGUUGUCGAGAACAGAGUGAAACCGGUUGAGCUAUUUCCAGAGCAAAGUGACAAACCAUUAGAAGAAGAUUUGAGUUGGGAAGACGAGGGAGAAAAUAUUGCUGAUGAGAAUAAAAUGGAGAAAGAAAAUGAUACAGGUAUAACCUUAAGAAUUAUUGUGUGGACCAAGUAGAAAGCACUAUACAGGCCCCAACUGAGUCUGAAUAAAAUGUGGCCAAAUACAAGUGGUUUAAUUAUGGAAAAGGUUGCCAUGCCAAAGUACCAAAAAACUUAAUAUUCAAAAAGUUGUUCAAAGACCUACAAUCUUGGACAUAUAACUGUUUUGGUGUCGUGGGAGAAUUGGUCUCAAUACCUAUAAAGACAUUUGCCGUGGAAGAAUAUAAUUAACCCAAAAACAACGUGUACUGUUUCGUGUCUAAGCUUCAAUCAUUAUUUUCUAGAACCAGCAGCUCCUGUUAAGCAGACAAGACGAAAAUACGAACGAGAUUUCUUGCUGCAGUUACAAUACAUGCCACUGUGUACUACGAAACCGGCAGGUUUGCCCGAUAUUGAAAUCGUACUGGACGCUCCGGUUCAGCAAGGAAAGCAAUCCCCAAAGGUAAUAGACGUACUGUUUAUUGCACUCUUGCCCCAAUGGCGGUUAUUUCUUACGUUUCGUAUAGAGUAGACUUAAGGAUAGGUUUGCGAUUGGGCAAAACGUUAGGGUUAUACUCUUCACGAACGCCUGACAUGCUAAAACAGACAAACAUGGAAACGCGGCCAUUAAGACAACAGUGCAAUAAACAGCAAAGACUAUUGGUUCAACAACUGUUGUUGGACUCAAAAUGCUCGGAGAGGCCAUAUACAGUACAACUAGAAAUUGUCCACAUGCUCCUGCAAUGUAUUCAACAAAAAACAGAGUGUGCCUAAUAAUCUACGCCAACGUUGCCUUGCAUAACAAGUCGUAUAGAGAUAUUUAAAAAAGUGAGGCAGAAUAAAAAAUAUUGGCAAAGUGUGAAAAGCAUCAAUUUCAGAGGUUUUCCUGGCCACGUUGUUUCUGUAGGGAGGUGCAGGGGUCCGAUUUAUAAUAUGUACAGAUAAUCCGCCGUUAAAAUGUUAAAUGUCAAUGGUUAAAUGUGAACGCAAGACGAACUGUCCAUAAUGGCAAUAUCUGUACUAGAUGUUGUCUGGUUCUGUGUACAAACCAUGUCUCGCAUUUUCAAACACAUUAAAUAAUUUUAAAAACACAUUGUAAAAUUUCAACAAUAUUUUAAUUUUAAAUGCCUGUAGAAAUUAAAACGUAAAGUCAUGGCUAUAUUGGAUAAACUGACUCCACAAACGUUAAAGACUUCGGCAGAACAGAUCAUGGCACUAAACAUCGAUACACCUGAACGUCUGGCGGGAGUGGUCGACAGAAUAUUUGAGAAGGUAUUGAUUGCCCUUACUGAAUUUCUUAUAGUCCAGCGGAAAACUAAAAAAUCAUGCACUUUGUGAAGAAAGCAACCAAUUCACAGGAAGUGUAGACUUUAACGUGAUAAUGAAUCUUAGAUAUGGAGGCAUCACCAAAAUUGAUGCUGGCGGCUUAAAAUUUAGGAUUUCUUUUAUUCUCUUAUUAAACUCUAUUACUGUUUAAAAUUGUGAAAUUGCAGGUUUACAUAUAGCAAAAAUGACUUGCAUGAUUAGAAAGCUUACAAAAAACUACAUAUAAGACUUUCAAACGGCUGAUUGAUUUUCCAAGCGGUUUUCCAGUUAUAAAACAUAUUAGUUCAACCGCUCAUAACUCCAGAGGAGUUGGAAAAUCAAAGUAACUGCUUAAAUGUCUUAUAUGCAGUUUUUUGUAAGCUUUCUAAUGACCAUGUCAUUUUUGCUAUAUGUGAACUUGCAAUUUCACAAUUUUUAAUUUUAUAAGAGAUUACUAAAAGAAUAUAAGAAAUCCUAAAUUUUAAGCCAUCAGCAUCAAUUUUGAUGAUGCCUCCAUAUCUAAGAUUCAUUAUCAUGUUAAAGUCUACACUUCCUGUGAAUUUGGUGCUUUCUUCACAAAGUGCAUGAUUUUCUCAAAUAUCUGUGCAUAUCCGCUGGACUAUUAGGAGAACAGAUUAGGAGUAUACUCAGAGAUUAUUCACUGAGUAUAAGUAAUAUUUCAAAUCCGACUAUGGGGACUGGACUACAUUUCAAGUCCGCUUUUUUUUAUCAAGCCGAGGACUGAAUCAAAACGCAAGGACUUACAAUCUACUCCAGUGCGAAUUAGGUGAGAUGGAUUAAAUUUGAUCCAGUUCAAGGACUGGACCAAUAUACUUCACCAUGCGGUAUCCAGUGUUAACAUGUGAACAAAAUAAAGCAGUGUGAUUGGACGCAUUAUUAAUGUGUUUGAGAUUAUAGCAAGGCUCAAGUUACCUUCUGUUGUAACACAACGUACCUAUAGGUAUAAGAGAACAACCUUCAGGGAUCGGAGAACAGUUUGCAUAGAAUUAAUGCAUGGAUUAUCCACUGCAACUGAUGACACCGGGCAAGCUUGAAAAAUACGCCUGGCCACGGUGGGCAUCGAACCUACGACCUUUGGAAUACUAGCCCAAUGCUCUGCCAACUGAGCUACGCGGUCAGGUCGGUUCGAGUAUGUGAUAUUUCGGAACUGAGUCUAGUUCCUUUGACAUCAAUGUAAUUUAUUAAUCAUGACUUUUUUGUGUUGGUGUUAUCAGUUGUGUACUCAGGUGAAUAUGCAGAGCAUUGAGCUAGUAUUCCAAAGGUCGUAGGUUCAAUUCCCACCGUGGCCAGUUCCCGCUGUGGAUAACGCACUCAGAGUAACAUCACAAACAACAACUGAUACAGUUAGUUUAGUUUGGGUUUCCUCCUGCAGUAAACAGCAGCCAAAAGGAAAUUAUAUACACUUACUGGAUAUCUAGGGUGAAUAGGUUAGAAUUGAUAUAGCUAUUAUCGACUACAACUGAUAAAGUUAGCAUUUAGUUUAUUCUCUAAAGUUAGUUAAUUCUUCUUGUUUAAGACACGUUAUCAAAGUUGCAAUGCUUUUCUUUUCUUUUAGGCCAUCAGUGAACCAGCGUCAAGUGUUGUUCAUGCAAAUAUAUGUCGAUGUCUAUUUGAAGUAAUGUUAUAAUUAAACGAACCAUUAUUUACACGUUUCGUACACCUUACCAUUUAAAAUUCCGUGCUUUUAAUUGUAAAAUGACACGAAGUGGCCACGGUCAACAUCACAUUUCGCACUAUUGCCUAAGCACUGAAAUUAUUCCCAUUUCAAAUUUAAGAUUAAUUUAAAUUUACAUUAUUUUAUAAUUAAUAAUAUAAUUAAUUUUAAAUUUAUGAAUUAAAAAAAUUGAAGAAAGAUUGUAUAAGAUGUGGGUUGAUCACCAUAAUUUCAAUUCGCGAUUCACAAACGUUUCCCAAAUAGACAACCAAAAUUUGUUCAAAUAUUCGAAAUUUAGAAGGACAUAUAUAUAAUUCCUAAAGUUGGAAAGUGUGAUUUCGACCAACCACGCUAAAUCGGAUUGUAUUUGGCCAUUUUUGAUCGUAAUGAUACAAAAAGGUGUCAUGCAGUUGACAGCUAAAUGCCUGAUCUUUAUUGGUAUGAAGGAAGUAAUCUAUAAACUUAAUACCCAACGCACGUUAACAUGCCAAAGUUGGAUUAACUUUCUUUUUCUACACCCUAUAUAUAAUGCUAAAUGGAGAUCUGAGCAUAUGGAUUGAAAAACUUUGCUAAAUAAUGUUAAUUGUUAAUGAAGCAAAACAACAAUGAAUAAUGUUGAUAUUUAUGAAUAGAUAACAGUUGCUGAUGUCGAAGGAGAACACGUGUCGUUUCGUAAAUUGUUACUGAAUCGAUGUCAGAAGGAAUUUGAAAAAGAAAAUGUGGACAAACAAGCGUUGUUGUGGAAAUAUAAUCAACCGAAAGGAUUAUCGGUAGGAAUAAAUUGAUAAGUUUUAUAAAGAUUACAUGCAGAGCUACGCCCGUCGGUUCAUAUUGGCAGUUGCAUGUUAUCAACAAUAUAGAGUAUAUUUACUAAUUGAUUGAUCGUUUAUACCUCCAAAUAAAUAAAGAUAUAGGUUCGCAUGGGUUGUACCUUUUUAAUGCAUUGACUUUACAUUUGUUCGAUUGUUCUACCGUAUAGAGAACAGAUACUUUGAACGUUGCUAAAAGUUUCAAUAACUAUAAUAAAUUAAGACUAUAAUAAAUUAAUAGCAUGAGAAUAAAAGAACACUUCGGCCCCUUCUGGCUUUUUUGCCCUUAACUCCUUGAGUACGACUCUGUACACACAUGCAUGCAUAUAUAGACAAUUUUGAGAUAGGAUGGACAGCAGUGGAAAUAAGAGUGACAAAAGGUAGGUUGAGUGCCUUUUUAGAUUAUCAAAUCUUGUAUAUAACGAGUGUUUCCAUGUUAUAUCAACCUGUCAACUAUCGUAACUGUAUAAUAAUUGCUAAAUAAUCGGAUGCCCAGAACAAUAAAACAAUUUGUUUUAACAAAAAUUAAAAUCUGGAGCAACAGGCUAUUAGACACAGCAAUAUAUAUGGACCUUUAUUUAUUCUCUUCAUAGCCCCAUGCGUUUUGCUCUAGAAAACAUUACGUUGAUGAAAUAACCUUAACAUCGCGCUGGUCAUAUUCAGCAAUUUUUCUCCCAGUACCGCAGGCUCGCAUUUUCAGCGGUCUUGCAGUGAAAAAUUGAAACUUUUGCAUUUUUCAAAAAACUGGUCACUUUCUGUAAAUGUCCACUGACAAUACGAUCCCGCACGAGUGGGAGAAAGUUUGCUAAAUUUGACCACCGUCUCUAUGUCAGCGUGAUCGAGUGGUCUUCGUUUUUCUCAGGGAGAAGAGAGAAAGGUUAAAAGAGAGGGAAUGGACGAAGCUCUAGCGAAGAAUAAAAGACGGGCGUUAGGGAAUAUCAAGUUUAUCGGAGAAUUGUUUAAACUGAAGGUGUAUUAAUUUGUAUGACCACUAGCUGCUUGCCACCAUAUAGAGUGUUGGUGCAGAUAGUGUGGACGACUGCGUCAAUGGAAUGUGAGAAGAGUAUUUCCAGUUUGACUCGUACUGUAACUCUUGGGAGAAAAUUUCACAAGUGAUUUUAAAGCUUGUAGGAUAAAUGAAGUUAUGUAGUACUGUUUGGGUUUACUGCGUUGGAUAACACUGGAUGAAGAAGGGUUGUAUUACUGAACAUAUAGGAAGACAAUUCAGAACUAAUAGAGCUAUUAUCUAAUACAAGUAGUUUAGUUUCCUCUUAUAAUAACAAAAGUGUAAGACGCAAUUUAAUCUCUUUAUUUCAGUUGUUAACAGAAAACAUAAUGCAUGACUGUAUAUAUAGACUACUUCGUGCUGGCGACGAAGAAAGUUUGGAAAGCAUGUGCAUGUUGAUGUUCAUGAUUGGUAAAGAUCUUGAUCGUGAGAUAGCAAAGGUAAUUCAUAUCAUUUUGGUUGCAAUUGUCUUUAUCAUGCAUUGGUAUAACCAUUUUAUAAACUUCAUUUUUCUCUGCUGUUAUGUAGAUUGUUUUAAUGUCCAAAAUAUGUGCUCAAAUCGGCUUUGUUUUGCUUAGACACCGGCAAAAAUUUAGAUUUUGCAGGAUAUAAAUUUAAAAUUAUAAAUAUAAUACAUAAAAGGAAAGCUUGCAGAAAGGUUAACAGUUACGUAAUGAAUUUAUUCAAAAAUAGGUACACAGUGAGUACAUGUUGCAUGCCAUCUGAAACCAUCUGAAAUCCGCCUAUAAAUUUUGUACAAUUGGCCUGAAACUUACAAUAUUGGUUCAAUGAGUUUAAUAUCAAUAUAUUGAUUGAGAAAUAGCUAUUAUGUCAAAAUAAGAAAACUUAAGGUUCUCACGUGAACAGGCAAUAUCAAUUUCAUGAAUUAAAAACAGUAAAGCUUUACCUACCUCUAUCUAUUUUUCUAAGACGCUAAAUUACGUAAAUUUUCGGCAAAUUUUAUUCGAAUAUUUGUCCUAUUUUACGAAUCUGUCACGUGAUUUACCACCACCGGUACACCGCGUCAUGAAAUUUAGAGCUAUAUAUGAGAGUUGCAUGCCAUAUAUGGGCAUGCGACAAAAACCAUCCCGUAAACUGUAGAAAUUAGUUGAGUAUUUACUGAAAUUAAACUGCGCGAAAAGUGGCCUGAGGUUGUAAAUCUAUCUGGGGAAACGUUUAUUUUUGGGAGGACUAUAUUCAUGUUCUAGUGUAGCGAGCGGAAACAUGUCUGAAAGUUAUAUUUUAUUUUUGUAUUAAUUUUACUGUAGUUGUAGGAUGGAGCAGUAUGGGAUAGGACAUACAACUGUAUUUCUAAGGAGAACAGUUUGAACAAAACCAUUAGCUAUAUAGAGCUACCAGUAUAUGAAUAAAUGUAGUUAACUCAUGUGGUAACAGUAUUGAGCAGUAAUGAAAACUAUCACUCUGAUACGUCCAAGGAGGACAGUUUAGACAGAACUAUUAAAGCUACAGUAUGGCGUAGUAAUAAAAUUAAACAAAAUGCUACUUUGGAGGGAGUUAAACAAAAUACUAUAUAUGCAUGUAGCUGACUCCAUUUACUUUGCAAUGAUUUUAAUAAUAUAUAAUCGACGCUCAUUUCAGCCUCGAAUGAAGCAAUACUUCGACCACAUCAACAAGAUUAUAGUUGCUGAGAAAGUCUCAUCAAGAGUCAUAUUCAUGCUUCGUGAUGUGAUCGAGCUUCGUCAAAACAAUUGGGUCCCUCUGCGGGAAGAACAUUACGGUCCACCAAUCACGGAAAUGAAAACAAUGCAGGAGCGAAGAUUAACAGCCCAGCAGCAAGUCAAGGAUAAUAAACAGAAGAAAGGCGGGCCAGGUAUGCAUGGAAUAAAGUCAAAACAUAGAGAAUGCAUGAUGUGCUUUUCAAAACAAUAAAAUGACGAUGGAACAUUUUGAUUACUAAUCGUGAAUGACACAGUUAUUAUGCCUAUAGUACAGAGGUUCAGAUUUGACUUCCACAACUGCUACCGUUAAGGGUAGUUCAUUUCUACUUUUCGUAUUUCCACAGUAUGACGUCAUCACGAUAUGAUUUUUCAUAUCAUCUUUAUGACAUCACUCAGUUGAUAUGAUGAUAUUACAGUUGGUUGUUAGCCAGUCAAAAACCUUGAUUUCUCUCAAAUAAGAAUUACUUUUAUUGAGCUUUCGCCUCGGUUCUUUGAGCCUUAAGUAUUAAUUAUGAAUACUUUUAUUGAGCUUUCGCCUUGGUUCUUUGAGCCUUAAAUAUUAAUUAUUAAUUCUUAUUAAAUAAAUAUAUAUUUUCCUCAGGCGGACAAGACAAUCCCAAGCCAAUAUCAAAUAACGAUGGCAUUACCAAUAACAAGGUGUCUACCGAACAGCAGCUACACAACCAGGUAAUUGCAGGUCAUUAUGUGAGAAAAACGAAAUCGACUGAUAGUCUUAUAUGCAACCUACCUGUGAGAAUGCGAAAAUAAUAAAAUAAAUUAAUGAAACGAGUGCACAUGAAAUUUAUUUUUGAUCCAACUAAUAUAUAAGAAGCUGUGAAAGAUGUAUUUGUGCUUCACCAAAAAUGGCUAGUCGACCGAAAUGGUUAGUUGAGUAUCGACCAAAUAUUUGAUAUCACAUCGUUGACAUAAUUACAUCGACGUCUAUUCUACCAUUUUCAGGUGUACCCUUCUUGAUAUAAAGUGUAUGCCUGUCCCAUUGUCUAUCCGACAUCAGACAAAGUAACAUACAACCAUAACUGGUUAAACACUUGCAUCAGGCCAGAUUUUUUUCAAGUUCUGUAUUGGUUCCUAAACUCCUAAAUUGCCUAAAUUAGGCGAUUAGAUGUCGAGGGGUUGGAUCUCUCAUUUUCACAAAAUUGUGUUUACAGACUUCAUAUCCGGUCCAAACCGUCAUGAUGCAAGGGCAACGUCAAGUUUCUUACAUAGCAGGUCAUCCAAUGGAAGUUCCACCACGUUCGAUGCGAUCAAACAGAGCAAUAUACUCAUCAUCACCCCAGGGACAUUCGCCAAUGCAAGGAUAUAUUCAGCCGCCGUAUAUGCAAAUUGAGCAGGUAAACAUCAACUUUAUUAGAUCGUGGUGAGAAUAGACAGUGAAUUUAUCUGUUCAGAUCUUGGAGUUACGUGGGAUUAGAGAAUUUAAGUUUGCUUUCGUACGCCAAGCGACAAACGCCGGCCAAAGAAAAAAUCACGCUAUAAGGCAAUCAAGUGUAAUGGACUUGUUGUUUUAAAAUUGCAAUGCCUAUUUAUUAUUUUGACAUAAGAAAGAAAAUAUGAAACGAAAAAGUUGAACGAAAAUUGUGCCCGGAAACGUGAAAUCCCUAAUAUUACGUCACGCCAGGAAAUCGGCGAUUUUGGGUGGCAAAAAUAAUGGGCACUACUGACAGCAUUGGAAACCAAUGUCUGAAUUCGCCAGAAAAUGGCCUUUCUGAAUUCAUAUGAAUUAAGGCAGUUAAAUGAAAGCUAUUGUCACGAUAUUUGAUAAUACCACGAUAAAUGCUACAAAAAAUGGCCAGUACACAGUGUUGCGCGAAAAGCAUUCUCUCCCGUAUAUGCUAAUACUGCAUAUUGCAUAAUUUGAAGUACAGUUGCUAACGCGAAAGGACUGCGGCAAUGUUGCCAAUUUGAUUAUCUUUCAUAUGAUCUAACAAAUGUUUGACUGGUUUUGUCAAAAUGAAACUUUUUUGUUGUAUUUCUUGCCAUAACUGAAGAAGAUGCUAAAUUUGUUUUAUUAGUAUACAGUAUACCAUUGUCCUAUGAUAUCAACCUCGUACCCAGGGCUUCUGCGCUUACGAGGUUGCUAUGAUAUAUGUGAUAUAUUGUGUUAUAGUUUGUGAAUGAACCAUGCCUGAAAAAGAUUAAGGGGCUGAUUGCAUGGAGCGAUUUCAGCCCGGCUACCCGGGUUGAACAUUUUGACUAUUACAUGGGCACUUUCAACCUGAUUCAGCCCGGGUAAAUUUGUCGCUGGCUUCGCGGCAAAUAGAAAUUAACGCGCGAAAUAAAUUUAUAAAAACACUACAACACAUGCGUGUAAAGAGUUUCAGCCAGGGCUGAAGUGAUUAGUGUUGAGUUUCAGCCCAACCAAUUGUGCGACACGGGUACAUUCAAAAUCUUCAGCAAGCAUACAAAAUGAAAACGCAUCAUCACAACAAAAUUUGACAUUUUCUUUAUCAGGAAUAUGUAGACAGAAGCACAAUAUUUCCCUGAGAUAUACAUUCCAAGCAACUAGCUUGGGCACUGGUUAAAAUUAAAAGUUGGUAACCAGUUAGUCUCCUACGCAGCCUGUUCGCGGGUCCGAGGACCUCUGACCCGCGAACAGGCUGCGUAGUAGCCUGCAUGGCAGGCGGUCUUUCCCAGGCUUGCCCGAUAUUAGGGACCGCGUGCCAUGCAGGCUAGCUGCGUAGGAGACUAGUAACCAGUUGAAGGUGUAAGAAAUGUUUUGUGCUUUUGUCCACUCUUUGGAUCUUGCUACCUUUCGUGCUAAGCUACUUGAACCAGGUUUAAGAAUUGUGUUUUUCUUUAUAGGAUCAGUAUGACCAACCUGCAUUCAUUCCUCCUAAUGUCCAGCAAGAAUACCAAACGCAAAGGACCACUUGGCCAUUUCAAGAGGAACGUUGCUCAAUAUCAUAACCAAGGAAUGCACCCGGCCAUGUACUACACCGUGCAGCCUAAGCAAACGACAGCAACGGCCAACACAGAUGUCUAACCCACAAUUCAAACGACUAACCUAAACAAACCAAUAACAGACAUAUACAGGGUGUAUCAAAAUAAACGCAAUUCAUCUUUUGUGCUUAAUAACUUUCGAAAUACUAUUUCUAGUUAAACGCUUUUAGGCUUACUUCAA